GGAAAUGUGCAGCCUUACCAGUUCAUUAUUCCCCCAACCUGGAAACAGAUGCGUGUGGCAAACAUUUUAUCUGGUAAUUACUGCCAGCCAAAGUGUGCAGAGCCCUGGGUGGAGGUAAAAUUUGAAGACGAAAAACAGGGAAAACUUCAGGUUGUGGCUUCACCUUUGAUACGCCUGACAAAUAAACCCAACGCAACAAUUGAAGAUAUUGGCAACCCUGAGAAGGUGAUUGCUUCUCUUGGCCCUUUUGUUACAGGAAACACAUAUGAUCCAGAUGAGCUUCUUGAGACGACAGUUGAAAAGCGCGGCGAUCUGACGUACUACAAGUAUGCGCUGGAGACCCCGUUUGCUCUUACAGGUUCUCACAAUCUUGCAAAGGCAACAGCCAAGGGAAACACUGUUGUAUUAUUUGUGGUAAGUGCAAGUGACAAGCAAUGGCAAGCUUCUCAGAAGACUCUAAAAGCCAUGCUUGAUUCCUUUCAAGUGUAGUUCACUGCUGAAUGAAAGGGAAAAGAAAAUUAUUUUGGCUUUUGGAAGCACUGUUCUAUUAUUUUCAUAGAGCUACAAUACAAGAGGCUGCAUUUACACGCAAUUGAGUUCCUCUCUGGGCUUUUAGCCCUUUAUUCAGCUUUAGGCCAUCU